UAUUUCAGUUAGCUUAUAAUUUUUAGUUUAUUAACAGCAUAAAUGAGCGAUCAUAAUAGUGGUGAAACAAGUGAAAUUGACGAAGCACAAAGCAGAGAUAAAAUCGUAAGAAAAUCUAGGUCAGAACAGCUGAGAGAUGUAAUAACUGUUCCAACAGAUUCUCCAGAAGAAGCACAAAAGGAUGCUCUAGAAGACUCUCUAGGAGAGGAUCCAUCAAAAGUUUCAGUAGAAGCUCCAGAAGAAGCUCCAACAAAUGAUCUAGCAGAUUCUGGCAGUGAUUCAUCAAUGCCUUGUCUAUUAUCUCAAGAAUCUGCUCCUAGCUCACCUGAGCAGACUCACAGUCCUGUGAGAUCAAGUAGUCCCUCAAAAAGUACCACUGUUAUUGCAAAUCCGGCUCAUCCACCUCCUCCCGCAUCCCCAGCUUCAGCCCCUCCCCCUCCUCGUUCCGCUCCCCAACCAAGUCAAAGCAAUCUAAGUAAGGAAUUUACAAAAAGCAUGAAUGCCCACCGAAGAGAGAUCAAAGCCAUGAUUCAAGCCGCCGCAGAUGACUGUAGAAGCGGUAUCCACGAGAUCUUCGGGCAGGGUACAAGGAGAAUUGAACCAUUUUGCAGAAGAUUGAUAGGGAGUGUCAAUGAGAUAUAUAGAAAAAUUGAUUCCGCUUUUUACUCAACCACAGGAUUUGAUUUGGUAGCAUAUAGUCCUUGAAGAUCUGAAGAAAACAAAGAUUUAGAUCAUUUCAGAACGCCUUCUCCUUCUCGUCAUUGUCCUUCUUCCUCGAAUCAGGUUGAUAACUCCAGAAGACCUCCUGACAGAAGAGAAGUCUUUAAUAACCAGAUUGGAGAAAGUGAAUCGAGAAGAAGGGACGAAUCAGAGGAAAGAAUUCCUAGAAGAGAAACUACAGCAAGGCAAAGCUCUGAAAGAGGACCUCCAUGGAGAAGAUUUCAGUUCGAAAAACUUCUACAAACCAGUUUAUGCAAAAAUGCUCCUCGUGACCAGCAUUCCCACGUCCCAAGAAUUGGCUUUUUCAGAGCUUUACUGGAUAUAAUUAAAAACAUGAUAAGAGCAUGGAAUCUCAGUGAAUAUAGAAAUACUGAAAUAACAGAUGAACAGGUUUACUAUCUUAUAUUUUUCUCUCUAAGGAGCAGUAGAUUAACAUUAAGAAUUCUUGGUCACUGGGUAAGAGAAAAUAUAUGAAUCGAAGAGAGUUCUUUUAGAAGAAGAAGACCAAGAUAUUGGGUAAUUACUGAAUUUCAUGAAUUUCUUGAGAUGUUAAUAGAAUGCAUCUGGGAGUAUGUGAGAGCCACAAGAUGCUCUCCGAUCCCUAAUGUUGAAGAAGGGCAAACUGGAGGAUAAAGCAAGGGGAUAACUUUUACUUAAAAGAGACAAU